AUGUGCUCCGGUGUGACAUUCAAAGCAUUGUGCUACUUUUACGCAGGCUGCAAUAUGUUCAUGUCAAUCAGUGCCAUCGUGAACUCGAAUCGCGCAAGUCAAAUUAUCGGAUUCGAUAAUUGCACCGCGGGCAAUACGGAAGCUGACAUCAGCAUACCGGAACAAACAUGCAAUCAAUUCACGUUCAUUUUUCUGUGCGUUGCGAGUGGACUGGAUUGUCUAAUGUCGUUAGUGUUGAUGGUGGCAAUCAUGACGAGAAAGACGUUCCUGCUGAAGCUGUACAUGGUACAUCUGUGGUGUCAUAUGUCGUUCUGCUUCUACUGCUGGCUGGCCAUCUUAUUCGCAUUCCGAGGUGCGGUCACAUCCAGUACGCUUCUUUCGAUCUGGGGCGUCGUUUUGAUUUUGGCCAGUGUUUACUUCGCGAUGGAAGUAUGGAUUACGAGAGGAGCCUACGAUGCCAUCCGACAGGAACGAGCCAAACUGACGAAGCACGAGAUGGAAAGUCGGCCGACUGAUAUUCUGUUAGGGGUGGGAGGAUUCAUCUCUUAA